GGUAGGCCUACGCAGGGGACACGCGGGGAGAGAGCUGGGGCUUUCAGCAAUGAAAUUUUAAUUAAUGUGGGUGGGCUGAGAACACAACCAGUGUUUAUGAUAGACAAUUUAUUUUCCAAUGAAAAGUCAACAUAAAACAUGUUAAACAAUUAUUUAACAUUGUUUGACUCAUGAGGCAGAGACACUGUGGGAUCCCAUCAUUCCAAGAGCAGUUCUCCCCACGAGCUGAAGUUCCUUGGGAAGCAGAUAGCGCUCCAGCAUCAUGAGCCUUUACCACAGCCGAGUGCUUGGAGUGCCAGCCUCGGCGCUAAAUUUCCCCAAUUCGUCCCUGAUUUACUUGUAUGGAGGCGACGGCGGUACCAUUCUUCCCGCUUUGGGCUUCCUCCCAACUCGGCAGGAAUCUCUGCAAAAACCUCCGUACAGCUACAUUGCACUUAUCGCUAUGGCCAUCAAGAGCGCACCAGACAAGCGCACAACGCUGAGCGGCAUUUACCAGUUCAUAAUGGACGGCUUCCCCUAUUACCAUGACAACAAGCAGGGCUGGCAGAACUCAAUACGCCACAACCUCUCUCUAAACGACUGUUUCAUCAAGGUACCGAGAGAAAAGGGCCGUACCGGGAAAGGCAGCUACUGGACUUUGGACACCAAAUGUCUAGACAUGUUCGAGAACGGGAACUAUAGACGCAGGAAGAGAAAACUAAAGGGCCAAGAGACUGCAGAGUACAAAACUACUUACAAGAGGAAAAGAGGUCCAGUCUCCACGAACCCGUCAGGACAGGAUAGGAGGCCCAUUCAUAACGUUCCAGCUGAUGCUCACCCGAGGAUGGGUAGGCCUAUGUCAGCUGGAGAUUGGGCUGUGGUGGGCACGGAGGUGAAACAACAACAUAGACAUUUUGAGCAACGUAGUUCAGAUUUAAAACAUGUUCUUGGUGAGUUCAACAAUGUUGGGAUGCAGCAAAGUGGGUCUGUCCAUGGCCAAAAAUGUAAUGUGCAGAAUCAAAUCCAAACUGAAUCCAUGCAGGACAUGUAUGGCACACAAUCAGCUGACGCGCUACACGGUCCAAGGUGCAUACCCGUUCAGGAGCACAGGGUCUGUUUGGACACAGCGCAUCUGUCAGGAGCGUCUUCCCUCCAUGCGAGUGAAGCAGACAACAGUAGACUAGCCUUUGAUUGGAGGGAGAAUGGGCCUCCUAUCCUGUCCGGUUGCACGGAGAACUUGAACUCAUCUAUGCUGUGUAGAACAAUGGAAAUUAUACCCACUGUCCCUAGCAGAGCAACGGACAAAUCCAAAGGUUUUAGCAUAGACAGUAUCCUAUCAAAAAAGGGAAACCAAAUGCACAAAAGCAGCGUUGGUGUAACAACAGAGGCAGGCUUGUACCCCCAAAGUCACCAAUUCAAGCUGAUGGGAUUCCCGCUUUGCAGUUACUUAUCGCUCACGUGCCCUGAGAAAGUUCUACAUUUUAAAUAGGCAGAGUGAUAUGCUAAAAAAAAAAGGGAAUAUCUGAAUAAUAAUAUAAUGGGAACAUCUAAAAAAUAAAUAAUAUAUAUUGCAAGAUAUUACGCGCGAGUGUUACCAUGUUGAUACAGUGGGGAGAGAGAAAAUGACUUCGACAAUUAUAUUUUUCAGGCGCCAAUAAAGACUGUGAUUAAAACAUGAUUGCGAUUAUUGUUAUUAUAGGCUAACUUCUCUUCCGAUGUGCAGCUGCGCAUAAAAUACCAUUGCAGUUCCUCUUUCAGUUGAUUUAUCGUCAUGAGAGAACAGUUAAUAAACGCCCAAGAGUGUACGGAUGUUGUUUUAGUAAAUGUAAAUGUUUAGGAAAACUAUGGUUUAUAUGUAGGAGCUCUGAGCUUGUCAUCUGAGUGCCUGCCAUUUGACUGUUGUGUGUGUUAUAUUAUGUUCUGCUUCUCAGAUGUUGAAUUUAGAUGUUAAAGUGGAAAUACGUUUUUUUCAGCUACCUUCUAAAAAACUAUGUAAAAUGUUCUUUUUUCCCCAUCUUGAAUGUAAAAUAAAAGUGUAAUAAA